AUGCCGAUUGCCCCUAUUAUGCUUUCUAAUAUUCCACCAGAGGGAUCUGCAUCGGCUGAUGAAUUUGGUGUAGACAUCACUCCCUGCAUGCGCCUUCUUGGGCACGGCGAGGCUGAAGACCAGCAACUCUCCAGAUGGACCAGGGUUACUUACGCACUGCUCCGCGGGCUUGACCUGGUCACCAAGAACGCUCGAGUGUUUUAUGUUUGUGCAAUCGAUCGACAACUCCUCGCUUAUGACGUGCCAACACCUGCCAGUCAAGCAAAAGGCAUGGGUUCGAACAGCGUUGGCGGAAGAAGUCAAACGCCCCUGCACACGCUCUGA